AUGCAGUUUGCGAAGGCGGCAGAUGCCGAGAACGGGCCGAACGUCCGCGACGCCAAGAGCCACCUCCAGAUCGGGAAGCCCUCCCUGGCCGCUCAGGCAGUUGCUCGGAGGGCGCUCGGCGACAUCGGCAACCUUGUCGGAGGUUUUCAUCAGAAGGUGAACGUUGGCAAGGAUGCGGCACCGGUGGACCCUAAAGCACCUCUGUCGGGACAGGUCCGCCCCGGUGUGCUCACCCGCCGCGCUGCCGCCCAGCUCGCGGCUGUGGGACCCACUGUGGAUGGCAGUAACGCUCUGACCAACUCCACCGACAGCUGGGGCGCCAAACCGCGUAACAGCCUCAGGCCCCGAGAUGCCACCCUGGGCGCCGCCGCACCUGCUGGGACUGAGCCCCGCUCCAACCCGGGCCGCAGCAUGAGCCAGCUGCUGCAGGACCGCAGCGCGGCUGCCGGCGCAAAGCCCGCGAGGCCCUCCGCGCCCCAGGACGUGGAUGCCGCCUCUGCCUCCGACCCCCUCGCGGUGGCAGACUAUGCAAAGGAUAUAUUCAGCUACUACCAGGGCGUGGAGCCGCAGUUCAUGGUGGCCAGCGACUACAUGUCCAAGCAGAACGAUGUGAACGAUCGCAUGCGGGCCAUCCUCAUCGACUGGCUGGUGGACGUCCACCUGAAGUUCAAGCUCAUGCCUGAGACACUGUACCUCACUGUGAACCUGAUUGACCGUUUCCUGGAGGCCAAGCAAGUUACCCGCAAGCACCUGCAGCUGGUGGGCGUCACCGCCAUGCUCAUCGCGUCCAAGUAUGAGGAGAUCUGGGCCCCGGAGGUCCGCGACUUUGUCUACAUCUCAGACCGCGCCUACUCACGCGAGCAGAUCCUGCAGAUGGAGAAGGUGAUGCUGAACACCCUGCGCUUCAACCUUACCGUCCCCACGGCCCACCAGUUCCUCUCGCGCUACCUCAAGAUCGUGGACGCCGCCAGUGACACCGAGCUGGUCAACUAUGCGACCUACCUGGUGGAGCUGGCGCUGCCCAACUACGCCGCCCUGAAGCACCCGGGCUCCGUCACGGCCUGCGCCGCGCUGUACGCGGCCAAGGCGGCCCUGAACAGGGGUCCUGGCCUGCCCCCCGCACUGGCCCGCCACGCCAAGCUGACCGAGGCCGAGGUGAGGCCCUGCGCCGCCAUGCUGGCCGCGCUGCACGCCGGGGCGUCGGCCGCCUCCCUGUCGGCCGUGUACAAGAAGUUCUCCAGCGAGAAGCUGGGCCAGGUGGCCAAGCUGGCCAGCCCCUCCUCGCUGCUGGAGGGGGCGUCCGCCUGA